AUGGCCACCAUUGGCUCUCUUGUUUUCUGCACCGACUGCGGUAACCUCCUCCCCGCUUCCAAGGGUACGGCGAAAAAUAUCCUGCUAUGCAACUGUUGCGGAGCAGAGAACCCAGACAACGCGGCCUCGCAAACAAUCAUCACUCAAACCAAGCCUUCAGACUUUCCCUCACCCCUUCGUACACAAUUGUCCAGCGUUCAGGUGGUAGAGCGACACAAGAUUCAGACCGAGGCGACAACCAAUGUGACUUGCCCCAAGUGCGGUCGCACCGAGGUCAGGUUUUCUGCCGUUCAGCUACGCAGUGCCGACGAGGGCACCACGGUCUUUUUCAAUUGUGACUGUGGCUUCCGUUGGAACGACAAUAACUAA